UUUUAAACUAAUUUUAUAGAGUCUGUAUUUCUCGGUUUUGCUUUCAAUUCAAGUAAUAAAUAUGGAUGUAGAACUCUACGUCUAUGACCUGUCCAAGGGCCUAGCGCGCAUGUACUCACUUCCCUUGACGGGAACCCAAAUAGACGCCAUCUACCACACCUCGCUGGUGGUCAGCGGCGUUGAAUACUACUUCGGACAUGGCAUCCAAACAGCUGCCCCAGGCAGCACGCACCACGGCGAGCCUAUAGAAAAAGUGCACCUCGGAGCGACGGAGCUCCCUAUUGAUGUCAUUUCCGAAUAUGUGCAGUCUCUGGGCGAGAUAUACUCUCCCGAGUCGUACGAUCUCUUUCUUCACAACUGCAACAACUUCACCCAAGACCUCGCCAUGUUCCUGGUGGGAAAGAGUAUACCGGAGCAUAUCCGGAAUCUUCCCCAGAAGUUCCUGGAGACCCCAUUCGGGCAGAUGAUGAAGCCGCAGAUCGAGAUGGCUCUACGUGGUGUCACCCAAGCCCCGGGACCAGCUGCACCGCAAGCCGCAGUGCCGCGGCCACUUGAAGGGGCAGUCCGUAUAGUCACCAAUACAGCCCAACUUGACGAACAUAUGGCCUCAGCAUCGGAGUCUUGCGCCGUCAUCUUCUUCACGUCCGCGACCUGCCCGCCGUGCAAGAUAGUGUACCCAACAUACGACGAGCUCGCAGAGGAAGCAGGCAACAAAGCCGUCCUGAUCAAAGUCGACAUCAGCGCGGCAUACGACGUGGCAACCCGAUACAACGUGCGCGCCACACCCACCUUCAUGACCUUUCUCAAAGGCACCAAGAUGGACGAAUGGAGCGGUGCCAACCCCGCCCAACUACGCGGCAACGUGCGCAUGCUCAUCGACAUGGCGCACCCGACCCACCCGCACCGCAAACUCGACCUCCCCAGCCUCCAGCGCCCCAUCUCCAACUACGUCGCGUAUAAGAAGGUCCCGCCGCUCGAGAAACUCGUCCUCAAACUCCACCCCCACAACGACAACCCCCACCUCCGGUCCAUGAUCGACUUCCUCACCCGUCGCCACGCAGCCACCGCCCAAGCCGACGUCCCCGUCCCAAGCGACCUGCCCUCCUUCGCAACCUACCUGCAGGAAACCCUCGCCGCCCUAGCCCCAGAAACUCGCUUCGCGCUAGUCGACCUAGCCCGGCUACUCCUGCUCGACCCGCGCGUAGCAGGCUACUUCGCCGAAGAGCCGAACCAAACGACGCUCCUCUCCGUUCUGUCAUUUGCGUCUCCCGACGCCGCAACACCCUGUCCGUACAACUUCCGCAUCACGGCGCUACAGCUCGUCUGCAACCUGUUCAACACGCCUCUCUACCGCGAUCAGCUCGUCGCGCCGCACUCCCCGCUACACAAACCUGUGCUGACCCUGCUGACGAACUCGCUGCUGGACGAACAUGCCAACCUGCGUGUUGUCGCUGCGUCUCUGGCGUAUAACCUCGCGGCGGAGAACCACAAUGCGCGCUUCGACGGGCAGCCAGACCCCCUGACGGAGGAGGAGCAGGUCGAGCUGACGGCGUCGGUGGUUGAAGCGCUGACGCAGGAGGGGGAGAGCGCUGAGGCGCUGCGGGGACUGCUGUUUACGAUCGGGCUGCUGGUGUACGAGGCUCCUGUUGAGGGCGGCGUCGUGGACUUGUGUCGGGCGAUGGGGGUGGGUGAAGUAGUCACUGGCGAGAGGGUGAAGAGCGUGGUGGGGAAGGAGAAGAAGGAUGGGGUGUUGAUUAAGGAGGUGGGGUCGUUGCUGGGGAGUUUGGGUUGA